AUGUCCUCCAUCACACUUCGUACUCCUCUACGUCGCCUACCGCUUUCUGCUCGUCAGACAUGCUUUAGCAGCUGUAGACAAUUCAGCUCCUCCACAUCCCGGGCAAAGGAGAUCCAAGACGCAUAUAUUCUUAGUGCUGUUAGAACGCCUGUUGGAGUCGUAUCACCCAAGCUCGGCUCUUACGCCAUCAAAGAAGCCAUUGCCCGUUCGUCCGUCCCCGCCGAGCACAUUCGCGAUGUCUACAUGGGCCAGGUCUUGCAGGGUGGUGUCGGCCAAGCACCAGCGAGACAAGCAGCCAUCUUUGCCGGCCUUGAUCCCUCGGUAGAAGCAACAACCAUCAACAAAGUAUGCGCCUCGGGCAUGAAAGCCGUCUCAAUAGCCGCCAUGAAGAUCCAGCUCGGACUGGCCGAAGCACAAGUUGCAGGAGGAAUGGAGAACAUGAGUCAAGUUCCAUACUACUUGCCCCGAUCGUCCCAACUCCCACCUUUUGGCAAUAUCAAGCUCGACGAUGGCUUGAUCAAGGAUGGUCUAUGGGAUGUAUACAACCAAAUCCACAUGGGCAACUGCGCCGAGAAGACGGCCAAGGACCACGGUGUCACUCGUGAAGAGCAGGAUGAAUACGCUAUCCAGAGUUACAAGCGUGCACAAGAAGCCUACAAGCAGGGACUCUUCCAAGAAGAGAUGGUGCCAGUGACAAUCAAGGGCAAGAAGGGUGAUACAGUCGUCUCGGAAGACGAGNGGGUCUACAGACUUAAGCUUGAGAAGGUGCCUACCCUGAAGCCUGCCUUCGACAAGUCUGGUUCGGGCACUGUGACGGCAGCCAACAGCUCGGGGUUGUCAGACGGAGCUUCAGCACUGGUUCUCGGAAACAAGGAGAUGGCCAAGAAGUACGGCAAGGGCAACAAGUUGCUUGCACGUAUCGUGGCAACGGCGGAUGCAGCAGUCGACCCCAUCGACUUCCCGAUUGCACCAUCCAAGGUUGUCCCCAUCGUGCUCGAGAGAGCAGGCAUCACCAAGGAGCAGGUCAAGGUAUGGGAGUUCAACGAGGCCUUUGCCGCCGUGAUCAAGGCAAACGCCAAGGUACGUCUGAAGAUGGAAGUGCGGUGUCUGAAAAUCUACUUACACAAAGUACCAGNNAUUCUCGGCCUCGGUAUGGACAACGUCAACCCCAGGGGCGGUGCAAUUUCUCUUGGCCACGCACUAGGAAGCUCGGGCUCAAGGAUCCUGGUGACAUUGUUGCAUCAACUGAAAAAGGGCGAAUAUGGAUGUGCUGCCAUCUGCAAUGGAGGUGGUGCAUCGACAGGUAUCGUGGUGCAGAUGGUUGACGCGGAUGAGUUGUGA